CUUUCUCUUCUUUCCCUCAUUACCAUUUAUUUCCCAACUCCUAAAAAAAAGCCAUUUACAAACCUUUGAACAAUUUAUCAUUACUAUACAAUAACAGCAACUAAAAGAGAGAAUUGUGAUAGCAUUUAUAUUAUACAAUUAUGGGUAUAUGUUCGUCUUGUGAAUCGACCUCAGUCGCAACAGCAAAGCUUAUACUAGAAGAUGGAAGACUAGAAGAAUUCUCCUACCCUGUUAAAGCUUCAUACCUUCUUUCCAAGGAUCCCAAUGUGUUUAUUUGCAAUUCAGAUGAGAUGGAUUUUGAUGGAUAUGUUUCGGCUGUUCGGGCCGAAGACGAGCUUCAGCCCGGACAGCUUUACUUUGCGCUCCCAUUGGCUAAACUUAGCCGCCCGCUUCACGCGGAGGAUAUGGCGGCGCUUGCUGUUAAAGCGAACGCCGCUCUUUUGAAGAGCCGCGCUGGGGAGAAGUGCGGGUGUCGGAAGAAGGGAGGGUUUUUCGGGGGUGGGGAGAAAGAAGAGAGGUCUUCUGCCAAGGUAGCGGACGUUGGGUCCGCUGCUGGCAGAAGAAUGAAAAAUAUUGGGAAUCGAAAUCGGAACCGGAGUAAUGGGAUUAAUGGAAGGAGAAUGAUUUCUGUGGGUAAUUUAAGCGCAAUUCCUGAAUAAAAUGGAAUGCAAAUCAAAAUUGGGAAUUGGAAUUAGAUUAGUUUUGUGUAUAUAGGUUGAUUAAUUGUAUAAUUAUUAGAUGAUUAGUGGUUUAAUUUACCAAUUUUGAUUAUGGAUGGUUUAGAUUAGCCCACAAUUUUGUUCGUUAUUGGAUUGAUUAAUUAAAUUAAAGUUACUCAACUAUUUGAUUAUUUGUCGUA